UUAUGGAACGCCUGCCGCUGGUGAGCCACCGCCAGUCGGUUGACAAUCAUCGCAAGCGUUGCGCUAAUGUAAACUGUACCCAACUAUUUGAGUAAUUUUAUUGUGCUGGUGAUUACUUAUUUGCAAAAUGUUCGCCAAGUUAACGCGUCGUCGAUUUUCGUUACAGGACGAUAACAGAGAGCUGGUGGACAGGCUGAUGACGUACAAAUCAAAGGACGCAGAAAAACUGAACGAGGAAAACGAUCAUCUAGUCAGAAAACGAAAUGCUAAAAUGCAACAGGAGCUCAAAGAAGCGGCGAAAGACAUGCGAGGCUUAUCUGCCGAAAGCUUGUGUACGGUCGUAAGCAACAGCGUUGGUCCAAUAGUGGCACAUCCGUCUGCUAUCCCGAGCAAACCUUCCAUUAGAUUUGAUGCUCACGAUGGGGUGGUCAGUGCUGUGAAAUGGAGCCCAGUAGACCGCGUGGUAGCCACCGGUGGCGAAGAUCGCAAGGUUAAAUUAUGGGACGUAUCCAAAGGUGUUGCCGAGUGUAAAGGUAUGUUAAUUGGCAGCAAUGCCGGUGUUAUGUCAGUUGACUUCGACAGUACUGGAGGACAGAUUGUAGCAGCGUCUAAUGACUUGGCAUCUCGUGUUUGGACAGUCAGUGAUCAACGUCUUAGGGUAAGUGAGCCUGACAAUAAUCGUUGAUAAAUAACAACGCCA